AACCCACAAUAACCAACAUACUAAAGCGAAUGAACCAAAAUAUUAGUCCACAUUAAUGCAGGUCGCUGAUAUUCAUAUUUGUGACCGACACAUGAAACCAAUUGCUGAUCUAAGCGAUUUGUAUGUUCUUGAGCAAACCAAACACUUCAAGCUCAGUUGUAUAUAGUCUGCAUUCGAAGAUGGUCACACAGAUAGUUCCCUUUAUUUUGCUUGUUCUUGCUCAGGCAACUCCAAAUGCAUCGUGGCGGCUUUUGACAAAGACUGGAUUCAACGAGUCAACUUACAGUGUGCGUCACCUUUCGAUGCAUUACUCGCGAGUAUUUCUCAGUAUCUCCGUAAAAGGGAACGAUUCCCCAACACUUAUUGAGACCCAGUGGCAGGUUUCGCACUUCCCAAUGACAACUGUGAUAUUUCCUCACCGGAAUAUACAUGCCAAUGGAGCUCAUUCCGAUUGUACAUUGCUGCAGCAAGCACAUUGGUCACAGGUGGACGGCCUGAGUCGCCUGUGGGUUAUGGAUAUCGGUUGGCCGGACAGCAGGUGCCGGCCCAGGCUGUUUGUUUUUGAUUUGAUACGCAAUAAUGAAGAGCUCCUGAGAAUUGACUGCGGUCAGCACAUUGACGUCAAAGACACCCAAAGUUUGGUUGUUAGAUUCGGACCCAAGGCAAAAAGCUCCAAACUUGAACGACACAUAUACUUUAUUCUGGGCCAUGGCCCGCAUAUUCUGACCUACGACAUACUAGAGCAGACCUGGAAAAAUCGAUCCUUGAAAAGUCACAAGUACGAGAGCAUGCAACAGUCCUUCCCCAUCAAGCCAAUUGACUUUACCUUUGGUCUUCAGGGCGAAUUAAUAGUUGCCGAUAAAGAUGGUGGGAUCUAUAGCUCCUUGGACAGUCUGCAAUGGGAAGAUAACUCUGAAUUAACCUCCAGUUCUUUAAAAUCACACAUACAAGUUACCCGCCUGGGCACUCUUUUGGGAAACGGUCGCAGCAUGAUCAUGGACAGCUUGGGCACCUUGUACUAUGUCAUACCAAAGUUUGGAGCGGUUGUACGGUGUGUCCAGCUGGCUAACAUCACUGCUGAGGGAAACGAAAUCAUCUAUAUGACAUCGAAAAACUUACAGCAAAUAUUUUUUGGAAACAAUGGCGCCGUGUGGGUACUAAGUGAUCGGGUCUUGAAAACGCAACAAAUGUGUUUUCCGGGAAUGCUGUAUAACGAUGUAUUUUAACUUUUAUUUACAGUAAUUUAGUAUAUUAACCAAAA